GAAGACCAGGGGAUUCCGUCCGUGUCUCAAGCUUUGUGGGGAGGCCUCCGUCGGGAACGCAAAGAAAUCCGAGCGCUGGUCAGAGACUGCUGGAGAAAACCCUAGAUUUUCUCCGGCGGUGGGUUCGGCUUCUCGGGCUCCGAUUCCAGGGCGUUUCGAGAUGGGGAUCCUCGACAAGCUUAAGAAUCUCGAUGCCUAUCCCAAGAUUAACGAGGAUUUCUACAGCCGGACGCUCUCGGGAGGCCUCAUCACCAUGAUCUCUUCCAUCGUUAUAAUCCUCCUGUUCAUCUCCGAGGCCAGACUUUAUAUUUAUUCAGAAACUGAGACUAAGCUGAUAGUAGAUACUUCAAGAGGAGAAAGGCUACGAAUCAAUUUUGAUAUUACCUUUCCAUCACUUGCUUGUUCACUUGUUAGUGUUGAUACCGUGGAUAUAAGCGGGGAGCAGCACUAUGAUAUAAGGCAUGACAUAACAAAGAAAAGAUUAGAUCAUUCUGGUAAUGUUAUUGAGUCAAGACAAGAUGGUAUUGGCGCACCCAAGAUCGAAAGGCCUUUACAAAGGCAUGGAGGAAGGCUUGAGCAUAACGAGACUUAUUGUGGUUCUUGCUAUGGUGCAGAAGAGUCAGAUGAUGCUUGCUGUAACUCAUGCGAAGAAGUUCAAGAAGCAUAUCAGAAGAAAGGAUGGGCCCUAUCAAAUCCAGAUUUGAUUGACCAGUGCAUAAGAGAGGGCUUUUUCCAAAAGAUAAAGGAAGAAGAAGGGGAAGGAUGCAACAUCCAUGGGUUCUUGGAUGUCAAUAAAGUAGCUGGAAAUUUUCACUUUAUGCCUGGAAAAAGCUUCCACCAUUCUAAAAUUCGUGUGCAUGACUUAUUGGCUUUCCCAACAGAAAGUUAUGAUAUAAGCCACAAAAUAAAUAAGCUAUCCUUUGGAAAAGAGUUUCCAGGUGUUAUAAAUCCACUUGAUGGUGCACAGUGGACACAAGAAGCCUCAUCUGGAAUGUACCAAUAUUUCAUAAAAGUCGUUCCCACAAUUUACACUGACAUAAGAGGACGGAAAAUUCACUCAAACCAGUUCUCAGUGACAGAGCACUUCAAAGAUGGAAAUGUUUAUCCCAAGCCUCCUCCUGGGGUAUUCUUCUUUUAUGAUUUUUCACCAAUUAAGGUGAUCUUUACAGAAGAAACUAAAUCGCUGCUGCACUUCCUGACAAAUCUAUGCGCUAUAGUUGGAGGUGUCUUCACAGUUUCUGGAAUAAUUGAUGCAUUCAUUUAUCAUGGCCAACGAGCAAUUAAGAAAAAGAUGGAGCUUGGCAAGUACAUGUGAUUGCUUCUAUUUGAGGAACUGGUGUCCCAAUUUUCCACUGCUGGGGCCCAUUGAAAGAUACGGUUUGAUAGAACUACAGUGAUGGACAGAUGCUGCUGCUGCUGCUGCUGCAAUUAUGAUCAUUUGGUCACGAUACUGCUCAAGCGUGGAACAUGAAAAAAUCAUGUCUUCUUCCUCUUAAUAUUUUCUGUUUAUUUGUAAUAUCUAUUUUAUUAAUUAGAAUACGUAUAUGAUCUUUUAUACUAUUUCUAAGUGGUUCUUAGUGCUUUGAUCUUUUGUGUUCUUGAUUAUUGCUGGAAUUCUUUUAUUUAAAACACUUUCGUUAUAUCAUCUAAUGGAAAAAAAAUGAUUUGAUGGUA